UAGUAAAUAUGAGGGUCCGCUGAUGUAUAAAAACCCCCCUUGCCAAAGGAGAGUGUGACUACUGCUACAAGCUUGGAGAAAAAAGAUGGCCGCCAUGCAGGUUAUUUCCGUGAUGCUUCUGUCCGUCCUGGCAGCAAACGCUCAGGUCAUCAUGCCAGGAAGGUGCCCCAAACCUGCCGUUCAGGAGGACUUUGACACUGCUAGGUAUCUGGGGAAGUGGUACGAAAUCCAGAGGGUGCCUCAGCCCUUCCAAAGGGGGCAGUGUGGUACUGCCACCUACAGCUUGAAGAGCCUUGGAGUUGUUGGUGUCCUCAACAGGGAGCUGCUAGCUGAUGGGCGCAUCAACGCAAUAAGCGGGUCCGCCACAGCCAAAGACCCCUCGGAACCCGCCAAGCUGCAGGUGUCCUUUUUUGAGGACUCCCCCCCUGGGCCUUACUGGGUCCUGGCGACAGACUACGACAACUACGCUCUGGUCUACAGCUGCACGAACCUCGCCGUGGUCCACUUUGACUCCGUUUGGAUCCUGAGUAGGAGGCCUGUGUUGGCUGAGGAGACCUUGGAGGAGCUGCACAGCACUUUGACCUCCAUCGGUGUCCGAGUGGACAAGAUGAUCAGAACCAAUCAGGACACAGCUUACUGCAAACCCAUGAAUGACCAACUUGGGGUUUGAUGCUUGUGUGUCUUCAUGUAAAUGUGGUCCAGUGCUACAGAAACUGAGUCGGAGUCAGACAGGAAGUGAUGUCAGGGGUUUCAGAGUUGAGUUUUAACUCGCCGUGGCUGCAACAGGAGUG